AUGACGCAAGUUGAGAACGACCGGCGGGCGGCCGAGAUUCUGCAACAACAGUUGUAUGACGAGCCCGAAAGCUCCUCAGGACAAGACCAGCUUGCUCGAUCUCUUCAAAUGCUUAAGUCCGCAUUUGAUUCCGAUCCUUUCGCUGAUUUACGGAAGCGACUGCAAUCCCGGCGAUGCCUUUCGUGUAAUAAAGCUUCUCUCGAAAUCGACGGCACCGCACUUAUCCAGCAGACCCGAGAGAUGUUAAAACGAGGAUAUCUCCAUCCAUGUGCUUUCUGCCCCAAAUGCAAAGGAUGGUCUUGCAUACACUGCGGCGGGUACCAUGCCGGUGGUCAGUCACCUGGGCUCAAGCCUCUUGUCUCAACGAAAGAAUUCAAAUUUGCCUGGUGCUGCGACAAAGGCCGUUUGUUUCUCAUAUUUUCUCUCCUCUGCGGACUUGAGUCAACGACCCCACCGCUGGCAAAGAAACCGACAAAGGCCAGUCGCAACGAGGUUUCGUCCAGGAGUACUCCCGCGCACUCGCAUCUUUCCAAAGGCACGGGUUAUGGUGACAGCGACUGGGACUACAUGCCGGAGAUAGGCACUGUUCCGGCUGUUAACAACCAGAAAAAGGCCAACGACGAUACAGCCGAGUUGACACUCUAUUUCGACGCCCUCUCGUCGCUUUUGCCCUCUAAGAUCAAGGCAACAACGCCAUUCGACCGGUCCUCUCAGCCACUGAUCUCGGAAAUGAUACGGAGAAGCCCAGUAUUUGCACGUGCCUCUGAAUUACUGAGGCAUGCUGCGAUCGAGGAAAUCAACCAGCGAUGCCGGCCCAUCGCCGCUGUUCUCGACUUCUUGGAGACGAUCGCCGGUCAUGAGAGCACAUGUCCGCUUCUCUUGCACCCCAGGACCCUCUACUCGACCACAGAACAGCUUCCUCAGAUCGUUUUCGGGGCGCCCAAACAGAAUUCAAGGCGACAGAAGUUGCAGAAUACCGUCGGGAUCGCCAAAUACGACACAUCCGAACCCCCAGCUGCCGUUCUCGAGCACCUGGCGAUCCCAGUCCGUAAAUUUGUGGAAGCCUCCCGCCGCGCUGGUACUGGCAGCCUCGGUGACGAUUAUGAGCAGGGGGAAUCGCUUGAAGUUCUAAAGAAAAUUUGCACGAUGGCCGACGGCCUCGCGUAUCUCCGUGCUAAAGUAGCUAUUGGGCCACCCCGGCAGGAGCCUUCUUCCCCACCAUCUGGCCGCCCGACAGCCAACGUCGCCACACGGAAUACGCGCGCCAAUGCCGCCAGGGUAGCCGAGGCCAAGGCCAUGACGGAGGCAGCGAAGGCGGUAUCGGAGUGGCACCGCGCAAACUGUCUCGAGGAGGUUUCGGACCACGUCAUACUAAACAGCUUCCACUUCGCGUCCGAGGCAAAGAAGGCAGGGGAAUCGAAACCAUCGCCAGGCCGCAUGAGAAGGCUCCUCGCUCAAGUGUCCUCUUUGAGUUCCGACUUGCCUGAUGGCAUUUACGUUCGGCACGGUGAGAGCCGCGUGGACGUGAUGAAGGUCUUGAUUGUUGGCCCAUCUGACACGCCUUACGAAAACGGUCUUUUCGAGUUCGAUCUGUUUUGUGGCCCGGAGUUCCCGCAACACCCACCGCAGAUGUUCUUUCGGACAACGGGGAACGGAGCCGCCCGCUUUAACCCCAAUCUGUAUACAAAUGGGAAGAUUUGCUUCUCGCUCCUAGGAACCUGGCGCGGCCAGCCGUGGAACCCGGACCAGUCUACUCUCUUACAACUUCUGGUUUCGAUACAAGCUAUGGUCUUUAAUGACCAACCCUACUAUAACGAGCCGGGCUACGAGUUGCGCAAUACUCCCGCUCAGGCCGAAAAUUACAACAGGGGUAUCGAGGCAUUGACAGUCCGCUACGCCAUGAUCCCUUGGCUAGCGGAGCGGUUGGUGGUCCCGACAUUGCCGGCCAACACGCAGGUAAAGCCGGAUCAACAGCUAUCGGACCAAAAAACGCUGGUUCCACCGCACUCGACGACGAUGACCCCAUUUCUUCCUUCGUUCCUCCCCCCUUCCUUGAUAUUGGUUGACCCAAACGCUCAGGGUUAUCAUGGGUAUAUGGGUGCACCUGGAUAUUAUGGAGCUUUCAAUCCAUCCUACUCCUAUCCAACCCCCCUAGGAACAAUCCAAGGGCAAUCGGCAAUCCCUAUGAAGAAAGAGGAACACCAUGGGGCCGAAGUACAGCACGUCGAGGAUGAACUAGCCGAGGCAAAGGACGCGCAACAUCUUGCACACUCUGAGAACGACCCAUGCCAAGGGGCCACGAGUUCUCAACAGACCCUUGGGGUACCCUCCAAAGCAGACGACCCUAUUUUCGGCACCGUAAUCCGAGAGCACUUCAAACUAAAGGCUAGUGUAAUCGUUACCACGGUGCACAAGUGGGAAAAGGUCUCUCCGAAGGGAGGGGGGUUGUCCAAGGUGACCCACAACCUCGAGAAGCUGUUGAACCAGCACGGGUUCAAUGAUUAG